UUCUCUCCCGCCUCGCGAGGCGCUCGAGCUCGCAAGGCUCCGCAGCGGCAUGGCGCGGAUUCGCCAGCGCCUGCGCUCGGAUCUGCUGCCACCGCCUCCAGCUCGCCUCAAGCGCCGCCGAUGCCGACGCCUUCUCCUGCCUCCAAGCAUUUCAGGAUGGCUCCCAUUUUGAAGAGUGGAGACAAGAAAUCCAUCGCCGACGGCUGUGACCCUGUCUUUGUGUGCGAUUUUCCUCAUCAGCUUAGAGCUGCUGUUGCGGAGGCAGCUCCUUCACAUCGCUCAGAGGCGAGAGGUGGAAUGGAUGGCGGAAGUGGUCUCUCUUGGAUGCUCCACAGGACCAAGAUCUUCGUGUGGAGCCAUUUGCGCAACCAGGCGUCGUCAGAGUGUAAGAUUCUCAACGUCCCACCACAGCUUUGCACGGAAGGCGAUGGUCAGAGUAUUGAUUCCAGACAUGGAAGUAGCUGGCUCGUCCGGAUUGUGAAUCGUGGGAAGGAGUCUAGUCUCGUGAAAGGUCGCGUUUCAGCUAGCCUCGUUCUAUGCAGUCAGAAGAGCUUGACGGUGGUUUACUGGCCGGAUAUUUUCAGGGACACAGAGAGCUUGCCUGUGGUGGCUAUGCCGGAUGACAAGCUUCUUCAGAUAGAUGACAGAUAUGGUGGAGCUCCCGGACGGAGGUCUUCUUCGUCGUCGUAUGGUCCUCAAGCAGAUACAAAGCCGGUGAAGUCACUCAUUGCCACAGGACUUAGAAAUCUGGAAUGCGUAGCCAUUGCCAGCUGCUUGGGGAACUUAUGGAGGUUCGACUGCUCCGUGUCUGGGAUUUCCUGGCGGUCUGUAAAUGCUGAGAUUCGUGGGAAGAGCGACAACUUUGGGCCUUUCGAUUUCAACAACACUGGCAUAGUCCGCUCCCUGGUGUGGUGGUCACGGGAGGAGCUUUUACUGCUGACUCCCAGGGGGAUCGAGUGCUGGGACGUGCAGUUAGUGAAAGGUGGUCAGCUCUCAAAGGCCUGGGCUUACGAUAUCUCCGAAGACGCGGAGGUUUUGAAGGAUCUAACGAGUCAGAAACAAGUGUGGCUUCUCGAUUUGCAAGUUACUGCGGAAAAGAACCUGACCGUGCUAGCGGCAUCUUUAUCCAAGGAUCGAGUCACGAGCUCCAGUUACAUGCAGUACUUCAUGCUCACUUUUCUGUGUGCACUACCUUCGGGUAGGAGAUUCGGCGAAUGCUGUGACCCGCAGUUCAGAUGCGUCAAGAAGAAAGCUCCAGCACAAGUUAUCUUACCAAAGGCUCGAGUAGAGGAGGAGGAGUUUCUGUAUUCGAUGCAGCUCCGAGUUGGUGGAAAGCCUGCCGGUUCAGCCAUGGUUCUUGCAGGUGAUGGCACCGCAACGAUCUCUCAUUACUUACACGGUGUUGGUCGGCUAUACCAGUUCGAUCUUGCAUGGGAUGCCGGCAGAGUUUUAGACGCUUCUGUGGUACCUUCGGUGGAUGACAGCGACGAAGGCGCUUGGCUUGUUUUGACUGAGAAAGCAGGAGUGUGGGGGAUUCCUGAAAGAGCUGUGCUGCUUGGUGCUGUUGAGCCUCCGGAAAGGAGCCUCUCGCGGAAAGGCAGUGCUAAAGACGAGUCCGUCAAGGAGCAGAGGCGACGAUUAGCAGUCGAAAGCACGGAUGGUGUGGGAAAAGUCCUGACAAGGAAUUCUACUCAACGUCUUCUCCAAGAUGAAGAAGCAGAGGCAACAGUCGGUCAGCUAUUUCAACAUUAUCUGACUACUCGGCAAGUGAUCGCGGUCUUUGAGAAGCUACAGAAGACCGGAGCAUUCGAUGACGAAGGCGAAAUGAAUAUUUUCGCUCGCUUCAGCAAGUCAAUUGUCGAUACAAUAGCCAAGCAUUGGGCUUCGGGUGGAGCUGGAGGUGCAGCCACGAUGGCCAUUACUGCGCAACUUACUGAGAAACAAAAGCGCCAUCAACAGUAUCUGAAUUUUCUCGCAGCUUCUAAAUGUCAUGAGUUCCUUCGGCACCAACGAAGGAGUAGUCUGCACACGGUUCUGGAGCAUGGUGAGAAACUUGCUGCGUUGCUAAAGAUCAAGGACACGUACAACUCUCGAGCUCCUGGCCAGAGCGGUGGUGAAGCAGAAGAAGCUGAGAUUACUGGAGCUCUCUGGGAUACAAUUCAGCUAGUCGGAGAGAAAGCUCGCAGAAAGAAUGUGAUGCUUAUGGACAAGGAAAAGAUGGAGGUGUUUUUUACGCGGGUAUCAGACAUAGAAGAGCUUUUCGGCUGCAUCGAUGAACACAGUCAAGCUAUAAUCGGGCAGGAGAUGUCACUGAAGUCACAAACCGAACGCUUAUGCGAGGUUGCCGACGCCUGCUCCUCUGCUGUUAGAGCUGGCAUUCAGUACAGGGAUACACAACAGACAUGGUAUCCGUCGCCAGAGGGCUUGACGGCCUGGUACUGUAAAGCAACAGUGCGUUCCGGAUUAUGGCGACUGGCGACCCAUCUUAUGGACGUCCAGACAGAGCUUGACGUCCAGUCGAAGGAAAAGCUGAUGGUAUCUCUUGCUGAUAUAGCCGAUGUUCUUCUUGAAGGCUAUGCCGGUGCCAUUUUGGCCAAGAUAGAGCGCGACGAGGAGUACCGAGGCUUGCAACUCGAGUACUGGAGCAGACGUGAUAGCCUUCUACUGACUCUUCAACAGCAUGAAAGAGAAGCAUCCGAACUGGCUUCUCAGCACGCUGAAAGCGCCGACGCGGGGGAGAAGAAACGGCUGGAAGUGCUGCGAGAUCGGUAUUCGUCGCUUUUGGCUUUGGCUCGACGUCAUGCAGGCUAUCAGACACUUUGGGAAAUAUGCAUCGAUCUCAAUGACAUGGAUUGUCUGCGCAAACUUAUGCAUGAGAGCAUGGGAUUGAAGGAAGGACGCUUCAGCAACUACGUUUUUGAGCAGUUCCUGAAGAAAGGCCAGUACUCCAAGCUACUGCGUCUGGGAGAAGAGUUUGCAGAAGACCUUGCGUCCUUUCUUCGGGACAAGAAAUCUCUUUCCUGGCUCCAUGAUUUCUUCCUCAAGAGAUUCACUGCUGCGUCGGAUACCAUCCAUCACUUGGCUCUCUCGAGCAGCGACUUGAAUAUCCCGAUCAUUCGGGACGAAAAACCGACGUCCGGUUUUACUCUAUCUGCCCGACGAAAGCUUUUAUAUCUGGCAAAACUGUCGGCACUUGCAGGCUGGAAGCGUGGAGCUGUUGACAAAUCGAUUCAGAUCGAAGAAGAUCUUGGAAUUUUAGCUGUUCAGGAAGCUGCUGCUGAGUUGGGGAUUGCAACUUUUACCGAAGUUCUGUCACCGCUGCAGCUCGUCGAAGCGUGCCUGAACAGUGGCCACAAGGAACUGGUUCUACGUUCUCUGGAGGUUUUCGCGCUGUCGGGGGACGUUUUCAGAAGAGGGAACAAGAGCCUUUUGGAGGCCGCAUGGCUGAAGCUCGCUGAUCAAGACGACUGGCUGAAAAUGAGGCAGCUCUCGGACGAGGAAUGCUGGAAUGACCAACAGCAGUACGAAGCUCUCAAGGCAACUGCCCUCUACGCAGCGUCAAAGUACUGUUACGGGGGCUCGGCGUUUGUAGUUGGCACACCGUUCGAGGAGACGCUGCAACUUUUUCGAGAGAUCGACGCCAGCAGUCGAAGGGCCGAGCCGGGCAGUGCAGGCUCGGUGAAUGAGGUGCUGACGGAGCACGAGGACUUUCCGGAAGCAGGGGAAGCCAUGGUGAUGGCGCUGAGGAUGGGGAAAGGACUGGAGCUUGUAGCUGAGGAGGACAACAGCAUGGAAAUGUGAUCAUGUCCUCGGGGAACUUGUGCAUGCAUGCCACUGGUCAUCUUUGAGACAACUUUGAAGCGAACUUCCCUCGAGAAACAACAAGCGUCGACGUGCUCACCAGCUUUCAACUAGGAUCGCAGCAGGCCUAAGCAUGCGUCGUCGGCCCAAACCUCUCUGUCUCUCAUCUUUGCAUUGACAUUGUGAGAUUCCAUGGCUGGAUAAAACCCUCCUGCUUAUGAAUAGACAAUCUUGUGAUGAGCAGUGCAGAGAUUAUCAUUAUCAUGGCCAGGUUUUUGCUUGUUGCACGACUAGAGCUGGAUCAAGCUGCCAUUCCCAAGCCUCCUUCCUUCAAGCAGUCGCAAUCCAUUCAAGCUAUACAAUGGAAGAUGAACUGGUAAUGGAUAAAUUUCUCUAUGACUAAGUCUAGAUGUUGAAGCAUUUAUUUAAUAACAUCACACAGCAUCUCGUGCC